GAGACGGACUGUCAACAACAAACAUGGCGGCCGAGCGCGUUUAACCUGAAACAUCUGAAAAAGUGACGCUUUUAUUGCAUUUUCUGUGGUCCUGAACGCUCCAGUCGUCAUGGUGAUAAAGGUGUUCUUCCCUCAGUGCUGUAACCGUGCCGACAGCGGCCUGUUGGUGGGGCGAUGGUUGGCGGGAUAUGACUCUGCUGUGGUCCUGGCUGUGAUCCACUACCCCUUCAUCCCGAGCACGGUCAAACAAUACAUCCAGCAGGUUCAGUCCCGCAGUGGGGUGCAGUUGUCUGUGCUCGGUUCUUGGAGUUUGCCAGCAGAGGGUGACAUGGAGAGUUUCCUCAGAGACUUGAGCUCCAUUUUCCCCCAGAGACGCUGGCUCCAGAUAAGCCGCCAGACGGGCAAGACGGGCUUCAGCUGCAGUGUCCUCAACACAGAGCGGAAGAACAGUCUUUUUCAGAUUCCAGUAAAGAAAGAACAGAAGAGAGAGGAUAGAGAAGAGAGAGAGGAGGAAGAGGAGAGAGAGGAUGAGUCUGAUCAGAAAGUCAUCUUCAUCCACUACGAGCAGCGAAAGGUGAUGCUCUCCCAACUUCAUCGAGAUGAGAGCGAAGGAGCCGACCCGAACCCUGAGCCAACGUCUGAACUCACUCAGAUGUUCGAGAGCGUGUCCCGGAGCCAGGCCCUGUUCUUCCUGGACAAAUACGACGAGGGUCCAGUGAAGUCCACUCACUGGCAGAGCGAGGGCAGAGAGGCCAGUAUCGUGGUGGAGCUGUGUAAACAAGGGGCGGUCCCUGUGUGCUCUGUGGUCAGUGCUGUCCUCCACCUGUUGACGAGCCUCUGCAGCCUCAGGAUGUUCCAUGUUUUUCCACUGCCAUUUGUUUGGUCCAAACUGUCGACGUGUGUCCAGCUCAGCUUCAGAACAGAGCGAUUGAAGAAGCUGUUCUCCACGGCAACCGCCCCUGAUCACAUGACCUUUAUGAGAAAAUCAAACACUUUUGUGUCUGUGCUGUUGGACGUGGCUCUGGGGCUGCUUCUCAUGUCAUGGCUUUACAGAGACGACCACAUCUCGUCCAUCGCCAAUGCCCUGGUCCCUGCAGCCGACCAUGUGGCCAAAGAGCUGAAGGGGCUGCUGCAGUGGCUGAUGGGAGCUCCGGCUGGACUCAAAAUGAACCGGGCCUUGGACCAGGUCCUGGGACGGUUCUUCCUGUACCACAUCCACCUCUGGAUCAGCUACAUUCACCUGAUGUCUCCAUUUGUGGAGAGCCUGCUGUGGUACGGAGGUCUGUCUGCAGCUCUGGGGCUUAGUAUGGCCGUGUCUCUGCUGUCAGACAUGAUCGCUCUGCUCACCUUCCACAUCUACUGCUUCUACGUCUACGGUGCAAGACUCUACUGUAUGAAGGUGUAUGGGCUCUCGUCACUAUGGAGACUGUUCAGAGGAAAGAAGUGGAACGUGCUGCGGCAGAGAGUGGACUCCUGCUCCUACGACCUCGACCAGCUGUUCAUUGGGACGCUGUUGUUCACCAUUCUUCUGUUCCUGCUGCCCACCACCGCCCUGUACUACCUCGUCUUCACUCUGCUCCGCCUGGUGGUCGUGGUGGUGCAGGGCGUCCUCCAUCUCACUGUGGACUUUAUAAACUCGUUCCCUCUGUUCUCUGUGGGGCUGCGUGUGUGUCGGCCAUACACACUCGCAGACGGAGUGAAGUUCAGGGUUCUGUGUGACGAGCCUGGGACGUGUCUCCACCUGCUCAUGGAGAUUAACCCUUUAAAGUUGAGCUCGGUGGUUCGGACGUAUCGCUCCCCAAACGACAGCCGCCGCAAAGACUCAUGGGCCGCGCUCAUCAACAAACUGUUUAUAGGAGAACUAGUGUAUCCAUGGAAACACAAGGCUGAAAAGACAGACUGACCCCAAACGUACUAAGAAGAGAGAGGAGAGGGAGAGAGAGGAAGAGAGAGCAGAGAGAGAGUGGCGGAGAACUGGUGUAUCCGUGAAAACACAGGCCAAAAAAACAUACUGACCCCGAAUGCACCUCUAGGAGAAGAGGGAUAGAAGAGAGAGAGGAGAGAGCAGGAGAGAGAGAAAGGAGGAGAGAGGGGAGAGAGAGGCAGGCGGAGAACUGGUGUAUCCAUGGAAACACAAGGUCGAAAUAAACAGACUGACCCCGAAUGCACCUCUAGGAGAGAGGAGAGAGGGAGGCGGAGAAGAAAGGAGGAGAACUGGUGUAUCCAGGGAAACACAAGGCUGAAAAGACAGACUGACCCCAAAUGUACUAGGAGGAGAGAGGAGGAGAGGAGAGAGAGGGGAGAGAAGGAGAACUGGUGUAUCCAUGGAAACACAAGGCCGAAAAAACAGACUGAAAAAAAGGAGGAGAAAAGAGGAGAAAGUAUCUUCGUUGGACACCUGGAUGAAGCGUUUUACUUCAGACCUUGACCCUGACACAAACCACAGUUUGUUUUAUUUUCACUAUGACAUGUAGUUUUGUUAAAGAUGCACUGUGUAACUUUUCAGGUAACGUUUCACCUGCUUGUCUUCAUGGAGAUGACAUUACUUGGGACCUGGAAUGUUCCACAGUAUAACAUUAAACGUAUCUAUCUCUAAUGUAUCUAUCUCCACGUAUCCCCCCCACCCCCCAGUUGAAUAAAUGCGAGAUAAACCAGCUUAAUGCCAUACCGUGGGACC